GGAACUCGACAGUACUAGCUGAAACUUUGUCACUUCACUUCCUCUUCUGGGGCGAUUUACAGAAACGCCACCAUAACUUUUAACCAUCGGUGUAGGGCUGCUCAUUUUAUUUUCUCUUCUCUUCACCAGAAUGGACAGCAGUGCUCAAGGCGGUAAAGCAUUUGGUAUUCUAAAGUCUCAACAAGAAGAAAAACUGAACUCUAUCAAUGAGGCUUUUCUCACAGAUACUAAGUAUGCGGAGGAGGAAGACCUGGCCCAAAAGCUUGAAAUGUUUAAACAGAAGUACAUGGAGUUUGACCUCAAUGACAAAGGAGACAUAGACAUGAUGGGGUUAAAACGGAUGCUGGAAAAACUUGGGUUGACAAAGACUCACCUGGAGCUGAAAAAGAUGAUGUCAGAAGUGACAGGAGGGACAUCGAAAGACACUAUCAGCUACAAUGACUUCCUGAACAUGAUGCUGGGAAAAAGAAACGCAAUUCUAAAGCUGAUCUUGAUGUUUGAAGGCAUGGGUAAGGAACAGGAGCAGAAAGCUGUUGGACCACCGUCUCGCAAAACCUUUUCAGACCUGCCCUGAAAAGUUGCUCCAUCCCAGCUGAACAUUCCUGUUACUGUGCCUCUUAUUUUUUUUUAUAUUUUUGAUAUGACAAUGCCUUGAAAUUCAUCCCAAAUGUCAAGAUAUUAUGCAAUGUGUAAUGUUUACGAAGUAACGCAGUCUAUAUGAAAUGAAGGCAAAACAUACAUCAGUCAGUGCUCAUGUGAGUCCAAAGAUGCCAACAUCACUAGGCUGUGGACACAAUCACGGAUCCUGUUAAACGUGGGCAAAAAUUUGUGGAAGAACUGAAAAGUGAAAUAAAGUUGUGUCGUGCCCCUGCUCUUAAUAAAAUACGAGGUUUUUUAACUCGA